GUAAGAAUUUCAGGCCCGACUUUACGCUCGACCUGCCAAGAUUCCCGUCCUUCUUAGUGUGAAAAACAGGACGAAAACAAACGAAGAAAAUCCAAGUUCCACUGCAACACAUUUGCAAGAAACUACGUCGCAAUUCUGAGUCAUGGAACACUCAGACUUAGUUGGUAGAAUGAUGUAUGUGGAGUCGCUGACGAUGCCAGAAAGGUUACAGCUCGCUCGUCAACAGCGUCGUCAACAGCUCGAAGUUUGGCGAAUUCGCGAAAAAGAAUUGUUCUGCCACCAGACUCGACCGCGAAUUCGACACACGAGUCACAAACGGCACAUCUCUUUCAAAGAUAGUGACUUAUUACUAGAAGCUACAGCAAGAAAUGAUGUAGACGAGGUUCGGAAGCUCCUAAAUAAGGGAGUCAAUCCAGACUCGACUAGCGAAGAUGGUUUGACACCGCUUCAUCAAUGCUGCAUAGACGACAACAAGAAUAUGAUGAAAAUUCUGGUUGAGUCUUCGAUUGCCAACAUAAAUGCAGAAGAUAGUGAAAAAUGGACACCUCUGCAUAUAGCUGCAAGUUGCGGACACCUUGAUCUCGUAAGGUAUCUCAUCGCUCUAGGUGCUAAUCUUUUGGCAGUUAAUACUGAUGGAAAUAUGCCUUACGAUAUCUGCAUAGAUCAAGAGACCUUGCAGUAUAUAGGAGAGGAAAUGGUGAAAAUAGGAGUCACCCAAAAAGUUAUAGACGAAGCAAGGGCUUCUACAGAAAAACAAAUGUUGUUGGAUCUAAAGAAAAUAGCAUCUGAUGGAGGUAAUUUAGAAUUCAAGGAUCACCAGGGUGCCGCACCUAUUCACAUAGCAGCCGCCAAUGGUUACUCGAGUGUUGUCAAAUUUCUUCUUCAUCAGAAGGUUUCAAUAGAUAUCGAAGAUAACGACAAAUGGCAAUCUGUACACGCAGCCGCUUGCUGGGGCCAUUUCAAAGUUCUAGAAAUGUUGGUGCAGAAUGGAGCCGACCUGAACGCUAAGAACAAAAACGGACAGACGCCUGCCGAUCUUUGCGAAGAUCCUGAAUUCCGAGAACAAAUAAUACAAUUGAAAAUGGAGCAGGAAUGCAAACGACUUCCUAAAGCACAAGGCAGGAGAAUACGAAAACCUCAAAGUAUAACUGCUCGCAUGCAAUGUAUUCAGCGGACAUGUAUCAGGGAUAAGAUUUUGAUGUCUAAUAGAGAGGUUCAGGAAGCUCAACUAAGAAUAAAAGCUCAACAAACAAAAAUAUCAUCCACCCGACCAACUGAAUCUAACGGUGGUAUGAUAGAAGGUGCAGGUGACUCCUUUCAACUUAUGGAUGUCGAUAAAGUUUCAGCUCAUCGAACAAACGACGCGAACCCAUGGGUCUUGCCAGUGGUACGUAAAGUAGAGAAACGUUUAGCAGAAGAUGAAUUUCAAAAUCAUGAAUAUUUGCCAGUCUUGGAUCAGGAUGCGUUUUGUGAAGCUGCGACAAGCAUGUUAUUAGGGGACAAAUCACCUGCAAUUUCAGAAGGUCGUGCUUUUGGAAUUCAAACAUUUUGUGACGGCACAGCUCUGAGAGUAGCAGCAGAUUUUUUAUCACAUAAACUUCAAUAUGAUACCUUCUACUGCAGCUCGCCAACCUUGGAAACUCACAAGGUGAUAUUUACCAGUGAAGGAUUCAAGAAUGUUUGUAACUAUCGUUACUGGAGCCCGGAAACUCGAGGACUAGAUUUAGAUGGCAUGUUAGAAGAUUUAAGAAAUGCUCCAGAGAAUGCUGUAAUAAUUUUGCACGCUUGUGGUCACAAUCCUACUGGUUGCGAUCCGAAUAUGGUUCAAUGGGGGAAAAUAGCUGAUGUUAUACAGGAGAAGCGUCUAUACCCACUCUUCUACAGCGCCUACCAAGGCCUAGCUAGCGGUGAUUUUGAGCGAGAUGCUGCAGGGGUCCGCUUGUUUGCAGAGAGAGGGUUAGAGUUUAUCUGCACUCAAAGCUUUGCGAACAAUUUCGGACUUUACUAUGAACAAGUGGGGAACAUGGUUAUUGUGCUAAACAAUACAAAAGAAAUCCUUAACGUCAAGUCUCAAAUAUCUAUGAUCAUCCGAGGAAUGUACGGCAGUCCACCUAAACAUGGCGCUCGUGUCGUGGCCACUAUACUACAGGAUCCCUACCUUUUCGAAGAAUGGAAAGUUGACCUUCUUAAGAUGUCAAACACAUUAAAAAAGAUAAGAUCAGGUCUUUACCAUAAAAUGAUGAGAUUGGAAACUCCAGGUGAUUGGGAGUUUAUAGUAAAUCAAAAAGGGAUAUUCGCUCACCUCGGACUCAACGAGACACAAGUGACUGAUUUAUACAAGAAAUACGGUAUCAAGUUGUUGCAAAGUGGGACCAUACACCUGUGCAAACUUUACACAUAUUAUUUGGAUCCUGUAGCGGAAGCGAUCGACAAAGUAGUAAGAAAAGACUAAAACGUAGAGAAAUUAAUGCUACUUGUUAGUUCUUCGGCAUAUACUCAGAGGUACUUGCUCAAAAACUUCCUCUGAUUCUUGGAAGAUUGUUUCAAAAUAACUACAGUGUCAUUCAUCACAUCCUUCAGUGAUAAAAAAUUAUAUGAUAUAGGUGCGUCUCAAUUGAAAAUAUUGAAAUAUAGGUUAAAGAAGAAUCGCCUUACAAAUCAGGAUAAAAUCAAAUUCUAAACAGAAUAGUGCUAAUAAUUAAGAGGAAUUUCGAACUGAUGAAUAGGAUAAUAAUUUUUAAAUAUUAAAGUUUGUAGUAUCUACUUUGUAACAAAUUAAUUGAAUUUGA